UAGCUACACAUAAAACAAGAAUUUCCCUGUGGGCGCAAUUUGAUGACGUCAAGAACAUGGAGAAGAAACAUGUGUCUGCUUUUGCUUUGUACCAAACUGCGUUGUUAAAAUCAUCAUCUCCUGAGGUUAAAACGUCGUCUAUGCAGGUUACAUCGAAGAAAAAGAAGAAGAGGAAGGAAAAUGGUAUUCAGCCCCCCAAAUCCAUCAAACAGGCCAAAAGGAAACUGAUGGGCAAGCAUGUUAUCAAAGGGCAGGAGAAGGUAGAGCGACUUGCAGAGGUAAAGUGUGAAGAUGCCAGCGUAGAGGCACUAGGAGAUUUGCUGAAUGACCUGGCUGAAAUCAGCAACAGCAGGGAGAGAGCCAGCAAACUGUUCCAGUGGCUCAUCCACCCAAUUCCUUCCAAGAGUUUCUUUAAAGAUACAUGGGAGAAAAAGCCUGUUUUGGUCCAACGUCAGAAUAUCAACUAUUAUAAAGGACUGUUCUCCACAGCGGAGUUCGAUCGUAUUUUAAGACAGGAGAACAUUCAAUAUGGCGUGAACCUGGAUGUAACUAGCUACACAAAUGGUAAAAGAGAGACACACAAUCCUCCAGGGAGGGCGCUCCCAUUUACUGUGUGGGACUUUUAUGAGAGAGGUUGCUCCCUGCGUAUGCUGAACCCCCAGGCCUUCUCAUCCACUGUGUGGAAUGUGCUGUCCAUCCUUCAGGAGCAGUUUGGCAGCAUGGCAGGAGCCAAUGUGUAUCUGACACCACCAGGAACACAGGGUUUUGCUCCACAUUAUGACGAUAUCGAGGCCUUUGUGAUUCAGCUGGAAGGAAAGAAGCACUGGAGAGUUUACGACCCCAGGUCAGAGGAUGAAGUUUUACCUGUUGUUUCCAGUCCUAACUUCAGCCAGUCAGAAAUUGGGAAGCCCAUCCUGGAGGUGGUGUUGGAGGCUGGGGACCUCCUGUAUUUCCCCAGAGGGUUCAUUCAUCAGGGGGACUGCCUGCCGGAUGUUCACUCCCUCCACCUCACUGUCUCGUCUUACCAGAGGAACAGCUGGGGAGAUCUACUGGCCAAGGUGGUCCCAGCAGCCCUAGAGAUGGCCAUGGAGGAGGAUGUAGAGUUCAGAAGAGGCCUGCCUUUGGAUUACUUAACGUACAUGGGGGUGCAGAACUCGGACAAGGACGAUCCACGUAGGGUCCAGUUCCUAUCCAGAAUAAAUGGCCUGAUGAAGAAGCUUGCAGCCUACGCCCCUGUGGAUGCUGCUGUGGAUCAGAAAGCUAUCGACUUCUUUCAUGACUGUUUGCCCCCGACACUUACUGCAGAGGAGCUGGCCAGCAGCGUCCACGGAGCUCCCUCCAGGUGGGAGAACGGGAAGGCUGUUGAUGUGGGAGCGCUCAUGAAGAGCCAGACCAGAAUCAGACUGAUCCGUUCUGGAAUCGCCAGGUUAUGCAGUGAUGGAGAAGCAGUUUGGCUUUACUAUACUGCAGACAACUCCAGAGUCUACCACAAAGAGGAGCCCAAGAGCUUUGAAAUAAAACCAGAGCACACAGAUGCCACAGAGUUUCUGAUCCAUGCAUAUCCAAAGUUUGUGACUGUGGGCAGCUUGCCAUGCGAGUCGGCUGAGGACAAGGUGUCCUUGGCAGGGGUGCUGUUUGAGAAAGGACUUAUUCAUACUGCAGAACCUCUGUAACGGCCCUGAAUCCUGAAGGGACUAUUACAAGUUUCACAAGAAAUAUCUGCUCUGCCAGCAUAAUUCACUUCACAGUACAGUUGUGUAGUUAGAAUGGUUUUCUGAUUUUAGGGCAGCCAUCAAUUUACUGAGUAGAACAUGAGUAUUGUCCUCCACAACUAAAAUGAUCUAAUAAAUUACAUGUUCUUGUUCAGUAGCUAUUAAUGUCUUGCAUAUUGGUGUAAAUCAAUCCUCACUCUGUUGCUAAUGGAUGUAUAUUGUAAUAGAAACUCUACUUUAUUAAAAGACUUGAGGAUGUUG